UGUGUGAGAGAGAAGAGAAAGAAGAGAAGAGAGAGAAGAAACAAUGGCGUUAGAAGCUGGGGUGUCUCAUCAGGACCUGUUUGAAUACAACGGAAGAGAAAUCUACAACAUGUUUGAAUUUGGGUAUGGAAUGGAAGAGAAUCUUGAAAACAAUGAGAAUGAAAAUUGGUUCGAUUUGUUGGAAAACCAAACAAACCAUUAUUGGAACUCAACAUCGACAUUAUCAUCCCCUCCUCCUCCUUCUCUUCCACCUUUGCUAAUCGAAGAUCCAAAACCAGCCGCCGAUACCGCCGGAGAUGUGCCGCCGGUAAAACCACGCCGGCGCCGGCAGAGGAAUAGAAAGAAUAAGGAAGAGAUAGAGAAACAGAGAAUGACACACAUUACUGUGGAGCGUAAUAGGAGGAAACAAAUGAACAAUUAUCUUUCUGCACUCCGACAACUUAUGCCGGACUCCUAUGUUCAUAGGAGUGAUCAAGCCUCUAUAAUUGGAGGAGCAAUUAACUACGUCAAGGAGCUAGAACAUCGUCUACAAUUUCUCAACGGGAAGAAAAAGAUGAACUAUGAACCGGUUGAUCACCACAUCACCGGUUCGUCCUCCUCUGCAGGAAACUCGGCCGGUUCAAUUUCCGAACCGGCAAUGGACACCGAACCCAUCGGAGAAUUAGACGAUGUAGAAGUGACGGUUGUAGAAAAUCAUGCAAACUUGAGAAUCCGGUCUAAGAAACGGCCUAGACAGUUACUGAAAAUGGUUUCCGGUUUACAAAGACUCCGGUUCAGUAUUCUUCAUCUCAAUGUUACCACAAUUGAUCAGACUGUCCUAUACUCUCUUAACGUAAAGGUAGAAGAUGAUUGUCAAGUGGGUAAGGGUUCAGUGGAUGAAAUAGUAAGUGCUGUAAGUCAGAUCCUCAGUAGUAAGAUUCAUGAAGAUGAAGAAGCUUCCAUAAUUUAAUUAGGGCAUUGGGGUCGCAUUGCCCGUGAUGGAGUAGCGGUGGGUUGCAACGAGUUACACUAGCUGGGCAACAAAGAAGUUCAAUUUUCAUCAAAUAAUGAUUUCGCGAUGAGUAGUCACUUUUUCUUCGCUUGUGAAUUUGUUAUAUAGAGAAGGAUUUUCUAUAAUAUUGUGAGGUUAAAUGUCGUUAUAUCUAU